UGCACGACGGUUCUUUCCACGUUCGAUCAUCUGUCCUACAAAAUUAAAUCUAGUCGCGUUUUGCAAAACGGUAAUAGGAAUCAAAGGUUAUAUUACAGUAUCAGUUAGAAGCGAUCAAAUCGAGCGUAAAUUAAAUAUAUACAUUACAGAAAUAGAUAGGAAACCGCUAUUAGGUAGAGAAUGGAUACACCAACUCGCUGUUCCAGGCGGAGUGCCUGAUUUUCUAGACUGCAAUGCCGUAGAUAAUAUAGAAGAAAAGGAAUUAAAAUUAGAAGCAAUGUUAGAAAGAUACAGAGAUUUAAAAUCAGACGAGUGGGCGAAGAUAACGGGAGUGCAAGCAAAGUUAAGGUUAAGCCCUAAAGCAACUCCAAUAUUUCUCAAGGCAAGACCGGUGCCAUUUAAGUUAAUUACAUUACUAGAUAAAGAGUUAGAAGAGUUGUCGCGGGUAGGAGUGCUUACAAAAAUUGAAAACUCGGAGUGGGCAACGCCGAUAGUUCCGAUUCUAAAAUCAAACGGUAGAAUACGAAUAUGCGGGGAUUACAAAGCUACGGUAAACCCAAAAUUAAUUGUGGAUGAGCACCCACUUCCGACAAUUAACGAAAUAUUUGCAAAAUUAGCAGGCGGGAUAAAAUUCUCCAAAAUAGACUUGCGUCAAGCAUAUUUACAAAUGGAGGUGGAUUCGAAAAGUAGUGAGAUACUAACAUUGAAUACACAUCGCGGAUUAUUUAAAGUAAAUCGAUUAAUGUACGGGAUCGCGUCCGCACCGGCAAUAUGGCAGAGAACCAUAGAGAAUAUAUUACAGGGAAUUCCAGGAACGGCGGUGUUUCUGGACGACAUUGUAGUCACGGGCGAGUCAGAAGCUUUACACUUACAAAGAUUAGACUUAGUCUUACAACGGUUACAGAAUCGCAAUAUAAGAAUAAAUUUAGAGAAGUCAAAAUUUAUGAUGGAUGAAAUACAAUAUUGCGGAUUUACAUUACGAAAGGAAGGAAUACUUAAAGAUAGGGCCAAAGUUGAAGCGAUUAAAAGUAUGCCGCGGCCUAAAAACGUGCAAGAAGUGAGAGCAUUCGUUGGAAUGAUAAACUAUUACGGGAGAUUUAUACGUAAUCUAAGUGCGAUACUGUAUCCGUUGAAUCAGUUAUUACAUAUAAAAGUUCCGUUCAUAUGGUCUAAAGCGCAGGAACAAGCGUUUAUAAAAGCGAAAGAUGCUUUUCUAAGUGACCAAAUAUUGGCACACUACGAUUCAAAAUUACCGUUAAUUUUAGCGACGGACGCAAGCCCUUACGGAGUGGGGGCCGUCUUAUCUCAAUUACAUUCGGACGGAACGGAAAAAGUGCUACAAUACGCGUCGCAAACGUUGUCGGACACGCAACAAAAAUAUUCGCAAAUAGACAAAGAAGCGUUCGGCAUAAUUUACGGAAUUAAGAAAUUUUAUCAAUACUUGUACGGCAAUAAGUUCACGUUAAUUACCGACCACAAACCGUUAAUACAAAUUUUUGCACCGAAUAAAAGUCUGCCCGUGUAUAGUGCAAUGAGGAUGCAGCAUUAUGCAAUAUUUUUACAGGGAUUUAAUUACACGAUUAAAUAUAGGAAUUCUAAAGAGCACGGAAAUGCAGAUGGUCUCUCAAGAUUACCGGUUUCGGAAAGUAAUAGUAAUACAGACGUAGUAGAAGCAUUUCAAAUUGAAGAAUUACAAGAGUUGUUGUUAGAUGCAAAUCUUAUCGAAAAAGAAACGCGUAAAGAUACAAAACUGAAAAAGUUAUUAUGUGCAUUGCAGACAGGAAAAGAGGCACUCAGCGAAGAUAGAUUCAAUUUAAGUCAGGAGAAAUUUAAUUUACAAGACGGAGUAAUUAUGAGAGGGUUUAGAGUGGUAAUUCCACCAACAUUGCGUACAUUAGCGUUAAAACAAUUACAUACGGGUCAUUUUGGCAUAAAUAAAAUGAAAGCGAUUGCGCGAGGUUAUUGCUGGUGGCCGGGCCUGGAUAAAGACAUUCAAAGCUUAGUAGAAAAUUGCGUAGCAUGCAAUAAAGUACGAAAUAACCCACCAAAAGUGGAGCAACACAUUUGGGAACCGGCGGCAGCAGCAAUGCACCGAGUGCAUGCGGACUUUGCGGGGCCCUUCUUAGGGAAAUGGCUAUUUGUAAUGGUAGAUGCGUACUCAAAAUGGCCGGAAGUGAGGAUCGUGAAAAAUAUUACGGCUAAGACGAUCAUUAAAGAAUGUACAAAUAUCUUUGCGUCAUACGGCAUUCCAAAAAUAUGGGUUACAGACAAUGGAAGAACAUUCAUUUCCAAGGAAUUUAAGAAUUUUCUCAGAAGUAGAGGAGUUAUACAUAAAUGUACAGCGCCAUAUAAUCCGGCCACUAAUGGCCAAGCCGAACGAUUUAUACAAACACUCAAAAAUGGAUUAAAACGUGCGAAUGCAAACGAAAGUAAUAUAGCUGUCAAAUUGGAACAAUUUUUGUUACAAUAUCGCGCAGCUCCACACACGAGCACAAAAAUGUCACCUGCGGAGUUAUUUUUAGGCAGAAAAGUGCGUACUAAAUUAGACUUGAUUUUUCCGAGGAAAGAAGAGGAUAGAGAUAGAAUUAAUCAGGAAAUUAAAGCGAGGGAAUUGGCACUAAACAAGCGAGUAGCGUGUAGAAACUACAUAGGAAGAGAGUUGUGGAAAUUCGGUAGAAUAAUAGAAAAGUUAGGCAAACUACAUUAUAAGAUUAAACUCGACGAUGAUCGAAUAUGGAAAAGACAUAUUAAUCAGUUACGGCCAAUCGGUGACCGAUCUUUAAAGUCGGAUGAGGACACUGAUUACGGGCCGAUAGAGGAAACAUUACAGGACAAUAAAGUUCAAAAUGAGGAAGCGGAUGCUGAACUACGAGGCGAAACGGUAUCACAGAUUCCACUAAGUCCAAACGCCACGCCACAACCAGAACACGAAAGAGACAAAGUAGAUUUAAGUGAGAGCGUACGGCGUUCGACUAGGAAGCGCCAACCGCCAUCGCGUUACGGAAACGUAGGAUCUAAAGGAUCCAAGAUAUUGUAAGCGCGAGAAAAAAAAACAUAUAUACAAACGUAAGUGCGGCGUAAAUAGUAAGCCUUUUCCAAGAAAGGAAGGUGUUAGGAUAAUUGAUAGUUAUUGAUAUUCGAAUAGGCGCGCUACUGUAAUCCGAAAUAGGCGCGCUAUUGUAAUUAAGGAAGACAGCAGAUGGCGAGGCCGCAGAGCACCGCGCGACGUUCGCGAUGAGACCGAAUCGACUCGCGCACACUCUCGCCACUUCACUUGUAUUCCGCCCGGCAUAACAGUAAGACAUAAAUAUAUAUGUAUAUCUCA